AUGUCUUACAGCUACUACCAAAACGCCCCCGGAUGGGGAACAUCCCAGUAUCAAUUUCGCCCGCCACCAGCCCCGACCUUUCAGCCACAACCAACAUGGGGCGGAUUGGAUUUCUACCAAGCUCAUGCACCGAGCCCCGACCCAUCUAUUUACAACAACGCUUGGAACAGAGUGCGAAGCUAUUCGGAUCCAGGGAGCGCAGGGCUCGGUGUCGGCCUGAACGAAGCGCGUCACUGGCAUCGCCGCACGUACGGCGGCUUGAGUCAAAUCAACAUGCUAGCACCGGAAGAGAUUGGUCACGCCGCGGCUUAUGAAGCGUACCGGACGUGGAUCCAUAACGCCAACUUGUACCAACCUUUGAGCGCCGAUGACGAAAGGCAGAGGGAAGCUCUCGUCGGCAUCGCGGUUGCCGAAGUGAAUCGCAUCUUGCAGUACUCCGAGCGCCGGUACGACAGAUAUGUCCUCCAACUCGCGUCCGAAGCCGCCGCGGCCACCGCGUCCGUUAUAUUUUCCCAGAGCGCCGUGGACUACGGAGAUUAUAGUCCAGACAACAUGUACGCCUACGAUGAGCCCUAUUAUCCCCGCCGGUCAAGACACCGGAGGCGCCAUUCGUCUGUAUCGGGCUCGCGCCCUCCGAUCAUCCAGAUGGCACCGGCAGCCCCGGGCAGCGUGUACGCUGGAACUCCUAUAGCGGGCUCCACCUACGGCGGAGCGAUGCCCACCCAAAUGGCCGGUUCUACCUACGGCGGCGCCUCGCCUUAUGGUGGCUACGGCGCACAGCCCGUCCCGAUCCAAGCCACCAACACCGUCGGGUUCCCCAGCCAAGGCAUGGCCUACGGCGGGGGCAUGGCCGGUACGCAGUACGGAGGGGGCUCAUACGGCCUUUCGUCAUCACCGUACGGGAAUGGCAUGUACGGCGUGCCGCAGAGCGCAGCCUCGACGAUCGUCGUUCAGACGCCGGGCAGGAACCGGCACCGGCACAGAUCGCAUAGCCGCCAUGGGCACCGUCGGGCGCGGAGCAACACUAUCGACACGUACGGAUACGGCUCCGGCGGGGGCAUGGGAGCCCAGGGCAUCGGCGGGACCUCGAUCGGUGCCCCUCAAGUAUAUCGUUACUGA